GCAGCAGUGGUCUCUUUCUGCCUCCACAGUAGCUCUUUUCCCUUUUCUCCACAGAAUGCCUUGAGGAUGGUAGCCGAGAAUGCCUCUUCUGUGACUGAGUUCAUCCUCGCAGGCUUAACAGACCAGCCAGAACUCCGGAUCCCACUCUUCUUCCUCUUUCUAGGUUUCUACGCGCUCACCGUGGUAGGGAACCUGGGCUUGAUCACCCUGAUAGGGCUGAACUCUCACCUGCACACCCCCAUGUACUUCUUCCUCUUCAAUUUGUCUCUCAUAGAUUUUUGCUAUUCCACUGUUAUCACUCCCAAAAUGCUGGUGAGCUUUGUCUCAAAGAAGAACAUCAUCUCCUAUCCUGGGUGUAUGACUCAGCUCUUCUUCUUUCUUUUCUUUGUUGUCUCUGAAUCCUUCAUCCUGUCAGCCAUGGCAUAUGACAGGUAUGUCGCCAUCUGUAACCCCCUGAUGUACACCGUCACCAUGUCUCCCCAGGUCUGUUUACUCCUUUUGCUGGGUGUCUAUGUGAUGGGCUUUGCCGGAGCUAUGGCCCACACAACAUGCAUGGUGAGAUUGACCUUCUGUGCUGACAACCUUGUCAAUCACUACAUGUGUGACAUCCUGCCCCUUCUGGAGCGCUCUUGCACCAGCACCUAUGUGAAUGAGCUGGUAGUCUUUAUUGUUGUGGGCAUUGAUAUCGGGGUGCCCACAGUCACCAUCUUCAUCUCAUAUGCCCUCAUCCUCUCCAGCAUCCUCCGCAUCAGUUCCACUGAAGGCAGAUCCAAAGCCUUCAGCACCUGCAGCUCCCACAUAAUUGCGGUUUCUCUCUUUUUUGGGUCAGGAGCCUUCAUGUAUCUCAAACCCUCUUCUCUUUUACCUAUGAACCAGGGGAAAGUGUCCUCCCUGUUUUACACCAUUGUAGUGCCUAUGCUCAACCCAUUAAUCUAUAGCCUGAGGAAUAAGGAUGUCAAAGUUGCCCUGAAAAAAACCUUGAGUAAAAAUUCAUUUUCCUAAGAAAGGGCCAAUGUUUUG